ACAAAAUAUCCCAGAGAAAACAUAGUUGAAUCUUGCAGCUGGAUUGUCUGGGCUGCAGGUGCAAGGGCAACACGUGCCUUUCCUGCUGUAGCCAAGUGCAUCUUAGUGUAAUCUCCUUUGCUUUAAUAAAUCUAGCUUAAGGCAUCAUUGUAGGGCUGGAGAUAUCAGAAAGCAAACAGAAAUCCUGGGAGAAGAGACCAAAGCCUAUCAACAGAAAAGAUGCUAGUUUCACCGAUGGCUGAGAGAAACAAGGAAACCAUCCUCGAGGUGCUGGCUGACUAUGUGGAUGAUACAAGCUCAGCUUUUGGGCUUGAACUGGGAUCUGGCACAGGGCAGCAUGUGGUGCACUUUGCUCAGGCCUUGCCCACGGUCAUCUGGCAACCCUCAGAGAUCAGCCCAGCUUCUCAACAGAGCAUCUCUGCUUACAUCCAAGCCACCAAGGUGACCAAUGUCCGAGAACCCCUUGCCAUAGAUGUAACACAGCCAUGGGACCAGUGGGCUGGCUUGAGUCAAGGCUGUUGUGACUUCAUCAUUAUUAUUAACCUGCUGCACAUGACUGAUCAAGGCCUGGAGGGAAUGUUUAAAGGCAUAGGACAACUGCUGAAACCUGGAGGUAUUUGCUUGGCCUACGGGCCUUUCGCCGUUAAUGGGAUCAUCCUCCCAGAGUGCAAUGUGAAACUGGAUAACAUGCUCCAGGCCAGAAAUCCUGAGUGGGGACUGAGAGAUGUGGAGGAGCUUCGUCAACUGGCAAACACUAAUGCACUCCGGCUCGAGCGCAUGCUGGAGAUGCCUGAAUACACCAAAUGUUUGAUCUUUCGGCGGAGGGAGUUAUGAUCUCUGGCUACGGAAAAGUCAAAGGAGGACUGCCCUAUUUAUAUGGAUGGGUGCGGAAAUUAAAUUAAGAAAAAGAAA